GUCCAGAAAAGAAGAUAUCCCCUCAAUUCAAUGCAUCUCUAAAUCUCCUCACUUUCCUUAAUUAAAUCUAAUUUGUUUGUAUCCAAUCACACCAAAAACAGGUUGUGUUGUGUGAAUCUUGAAGAGCAAAGAUUUGUAGAGAGAGAGAGAGAGAAUGGCAAGCAGCAGCAUAGCAUCAGCUGCAUGUGGAUUUGUGUUGGCACAAAAUGUGUCAUCAAACACAAGCACUCUUAAGGCCAACAUGGUCUGCUUCUCUACCAAGAACAGCAGAAGCUCUAGGCUCGUUGUAAGGGCGGCGGAAGAGGCCGCAAAACCAGCGGAAGCGGCUGCCGCCACCGCCGAAGCCCCGGCUGAAGCACCUAAAGUAGUCAAGCCGCCGCCAGUUGGCCCCCCAAGAGGCUCUAAGGUGAGAAUCCUUAGGAAGGAAUCAUACUGGUACAAGGGCGUUGGUUCGGUUGUUGCUGUUGAUCAGGACCCAAAGACUCGGUACCCAGUGGUGGUGCGGUUCAACAAAGUGAACUACGCAAAUGUAUCUACAAACAACUACGCUUUGGAUGAAGUGGAAGCCGUUGCAUGAACUCAUGCCCACCCUCUUUAAUUAAUUUGUAGCCUCCUUAAUUGUUUAAUUUCUAUCUCAAACCUCUGUAUCAUACAUUCCACUCUCAAUCUGUGUUUAUUUUUGCACUA